CUGCAUUUUUCCUACCUCCUGUGACACACUCUGAUAGAUGCCACCUGCGUAGUGCGCUCUGCAACAUGUUCAUCUGGUUCACCGUUGUAGUCGGGCUGGCUAUUCUGUCCUUCCCAUUCCUCAAAACACUUUUCCCCUACUUGGUCGAGGACUGCGUCUACAUCCUGACCAGCAUUAAACUCGGCGCCAGGCUCACCAAAUACAAGAAAAUCAAGCCCUUUUACAGCAUCUUGGACUGCUUCUUAGAUAAGGCGAAGAGGCAUCCCAGUAAGACCUUUCUGCACUUUGAAGGUGGAGAAUAUUCUUAUGGCGAAGUGGAUAAACAGAGCAACAGGGUGGCCAGAGCUCUGCAGGCUGAAGCCCGUCUGAAGGAAGGGGACGCGGUCGCCCUGUUCCUGCCCAACGAGCCCAGUUUCGUGUGGACUUGGCUCGGUUUGGCCAAGCUGGGCUGUCCGGCUGCUCUGCUCAACUUCAACAUCAGAUCCAAGUCUCUGUUGCACUGUUUUUCCUGCUGCGGGGCCAAAGUGAUCAUCGCCUCUCCAGAGCUGCAGGAUGCUUUGGAGGAGGUUUUACCAACGCUGAGAGAGCAGGGUAUCAGUGUGUACCUCCUGUCAGAGGCCUGCAGCGUCCAGGGCAUCAAGACUUUGUCUGACAAGAUCUCCCAGGCCUCAGAUCAGCCGCUGUCCCGGGACCUCAGAGCCAAUGUCAACAUCAGGAGCACUGCUCUGUACAUCUACACGUCAGGCACCACAGGUUUGCCUAAAGCAGCCGUUGUCACUCAUGAGAGGGUUUGGGCCGCCUCCUUUAUCCAGGCAAUAUGUGGUGUCACAUCAGAGGACAUCUUCUACGUCAAUCUGCCUCUCUAUCACAGUGCAGGCCUCCUCAUCGGGAUGGCCGGAGCCAUCGAGAGAGGUUUAACCGUUUUUCUGAGAAGAAAGUUCUCUGCCUCUCAGUUCUGGGCCGACUGCAGGAAGUAUAAUGUGACAGUGAUGCAGUACAUUGGUGAAACGAUGCGUUACCUCUGCAACACGCCCAAGAAAGACAAUGAGAAGAACCACAGAGUGAGGAUUGCCAUCGGUAACGGAGUCCGAACUGACAUUUGGUCUGAGUUUCUGAAUCGGUUCGGGGACAUAAAAGUCAGAGAGUUGUACGCUGCCACAGAAGGAAACAUCGGCUUCAUCAAUUACACGUCCAAGAUUGGUGCAGUGGGUCGAGUCAAUUUAGUCCACAAGUUUUUCUUCCCCUACACUUUGAUCAAGUUUGACAUUGAGAAAGAGGAGCCUGUCAGGAACUCUGAGGGUCUGUGCAUCAAGGCAGCCAGAGGCGAGACGGGACUUUUGGUGGGAAGGAUCACUCAGAGGUCUCCCUUUGUUGGGUAUGCUGGCAACCAACAACAGACUGAGAAGAAGAGGCUUCGUGACGUAUUGAAAAAGGGUGACCUGUACUUCAACACUGGAGAUUUGCUUCGGUUUGAUCACGACAACUUUGUGUACUUUCAAGAUCGAGUUGGCGACACUUUCAGAUGGAAAGGAGAGAACGUUGCCACGUCAGAGGUUGCUGACAUUCUCACAAUGGCUCAUUGCAUUUUAGAGGCAAACGUCUAUGGUGUUAAAGUUGAAGGUCAUGAGGGGCGAAUCGGCAUGGCAGCUGUCAUUUUAAAAGAAGGACAAGAUUUUGACUGUUCUGGCACCUACAAGCAGGUUGUCAACUACCUCCCAGCUUACGCGAGACCCAGAUUCAUCAGGAUCCAGCCCUGCUUGGAGAUGACGGGGACAUUCAAGAUGAAGAAAGUGAAGUUGGUGGAGGAGGGAUUCAGCCCAGCUCACAUCAAAGAUCCUUUAUACUUUUUAGAUCCUGAGAAAAAGACCUACGUUCCCCUGACUGAGGAGAUUUACAGAGCAAUCACUUCUAGGGAAAUAAAACUCUAACACAGAAACUUAUAGUAGUCAGUGUUGAAGUAGCAGCGCAUUCAUGGACCUUUUUAACAGUCAACUAAUCUCAGGGACUCUGACUCUGAAACAUUACAUAAUGAUUAAAGAGACCACUUUUUUUAUAAUUAACAGAACUACUGUGAACCUCUUCAAUGUUUGUAUUCCAUAAUGCUGACAGUAUGUGAUACACAGGUACAGUAUGUCUUAUUUGCACUGGACUAAAGUCACAAUGUACAAAUCGUUGGGUUUAUCAGUGAACCUUUGCACAGAUGUUAAGUACAUGCAGUCUUAUCGGCUUGUGUGCGCUACUAACACAUACUGUUAGACUACAGCUAUGGUGACAGUAUUUGGGUGCUGUUGCCCUAGUAGGCUCCAUAAUGUGCUCUUGUUACAGCAACCUUCUGACUGGUGGGGUGAAUGGCACAGCAGAACCUUUGACAUAAAAUGAUACUGACUUAGUCACACGCUGAGUCACAUGACAAAUGUUGCGAAAAUGUCGAAACCUAGUAAAUCAGCUGGUUUCAGAAAACCAAAUAAGAUCGACAUGUCUUAUUGUAAUGUCACUUGGAUGUUUGACUUUCACUGUGCAGAAUGAUGUAUGAGCAGAGUUUGACGCCAGAAGGCUGUUUCCAUCUUCAUUUGCUGACAAUGUUUUUUCUGUGCUAAUCUUAAAUCUCAGUUAAACACGUAAGUACGAACAUGAUUUUGUGAGGUCCAGUAUGCAACUUACACAUGCAAUGUGGAAACUUUUAAACCUCCAGCAAACACAUACUGAGAAUGUGUGAAGUAAGAUAUUUUCUAUCUAAUGACAUGAGUAUUUUCAUAUUCAGAUUUUAAGAUUUAAAGGGAGGAGUAGAUGUGACUUAAGAAUUUUUAACCAGAUGACUGAACUUAUAUUUUUGUUUCAAAAACCAUAUCAGACACAUUAUUUAAAGAUUAACUUUAUACAUUCAGCUGUCAACGAUGAAGGUUAUAAUGUUCAGCCUUUGUUGUUUUAAAGGUGUAUUGACUCAACUGUUUGAAUUGUAUUGCAUUAUAAUAAAAGGUGUUGCUAUCAUAAA